AUGUCAUCGCUGGACCUCAACAGGCCCAAUGUGUGUGGCUCUCGUUUCAACUCCUACUGCUGUCCAGGAUGGAAGACUCUGACAGGGGGCAACCAGUGCAUCGUCCCUAUCUGUCGGAGCUCGUGUGGAGACGGGUUUUGCUCCAGACCCAACAUGUGUACCUGUCCCACCGGAUCCAUCUCUCCUUCUUGUGGAUCCAUGUCAGUCCAAAACUGUAACAUCCGCUGUAUGAACGGUGGGAGCUGUGCUGAUGACCACUGCCAGUGUCAGAAAGGAUACGUGGGAAACCACUGUGGCCAACCGGUGUGUGAGACAGGUUGUCAGAAUGGAGGACGGUGUGUGGCUCCUAACCGCUGUGUUUGUACCUACGGCUUCACGGGGGCACAGUGUGAGAGAGACUACCGUACAGGGCCGUGCUUUGCGUCUGUGAGUAACCAGAUGUGCCAGGGCCAGCUGACGGGCAUUGUGUGUACCAAGACGCUGUGCUGUGCCACCGUGGGGAGGGCAUGGGGACACCCCUGUGAGAUGUGCCCCGCCCAGCCUCACCCCUGCAGGAGAGGAUUUAUACCCAACCACCGUACUGGAGCUUGUCAAGAUGUGGAUGAGUGCCAGGCCAUCCCAGGUCUGUGUCAGGGUGGGAACUGUAUCAACACUGUGGGAUCCUUCCAGUGUAAAUGUCCUGCUGGACACAAGUUCAAUGAGAUCACACAGAAAUGUGAAGAUCUAGAUGAGUGCUCUAGCAUCCCAGGUCUGUGUAGUGGAGGAGAGUGUUCCAACACGGUGGGCAGUUACUUCUGCAGGUGUUCUCAGGGCUACUACACUCCAGUGGAUGGCUCCAGGUGUAUAGAUGCCCGGGGUGGGUACUGCUAUGCCAGCCUGCUGAACGGGCGUUGUGCCAACCAGAACUCCCAGCUCCUGACCAAAAUACAGUGCUGCUGUGACAGUGGGCGCUGCUGGUCAGACGGGUCCAGUCCUGAGUUGUGCCCCAUGACAGGGACUGAUGAGUACCAGAAGCUGUGCACACAGGUGCAGACCAGUCCAGGGGGGGGGCCUCUCCCAGGCGGGGGAGGGUCUCUCCCAGGCGGGGGAGGGACUCUCCCAGGUGGAGGAGGGCCUCUCCCAGGCGGGGGAGGGGGAAUACCAGGAGUUCCCCAGGUACCAGGUAUCUACCCAAGACCACCCUACCCAGGACCACCAAUCCCUUUCCAGCCUCCGCCUGGACCAGGUCAAUACCCUGGACCCAGCAUCAUCCAGACCCAGAACAUCAGUAGCAGCAUUACUAACAUGUGUGCGGUAUACAGGAACCUGUGUCUGAACGGCCGCUGUGUCCCCUCCCCUGGAAGCUACCGCUGUGACUGUAACAUGGGCUUCAGACUAGACUCACGAGGAGAGUGUAUCGAUGAUGAUGAGUGUGAGCGGAACCCGUGUGUGAACGGACAGUGUGUGAACACGGCUGGAUCCUACUUCUGCCAGUGUCCUUCUGGCUUCCAGUCUACUGCUACCAGGACCGAGUGCAGAGACCUGGAUGAGUGUGUGGCAAACGGUCGUAUCUGUAACAACGGAAGGUGUGUGAACACUGAGGGGAGCUUCCACUGUGUCUGCAACGCCGGCUUUGAGAUCUCUACUGACGGGAAGAACUGUCAAGACAUGGACGAGUGUCUGAUCAGGAACAUGUGUUUGAAUGGGAUGUGCAUCAACGACGAGGGAAGCUUUAAAUGUAUUUGUAAACAUGGCUAUCUGCUCGACCCAACCGGGCGCUUUUGUGUAGACAUUGAUGAGUGUGAGACUCCAGGGAUCUGUAUGAACGGCCACUGUGUGAAUACGGAGGGGUCCUUCAGGUGUGAGUGUAUGGCUGGUCUGGCCGUGGGUCUGGAUGGCCGCGUCUGUGUCGACACACAUAUGCGCAGCACUUGUUUUGGAGGAUACAAGCGGGGACAGUGUGUGAAGCCAUUCUUCGGAGCCGUGACCAAGUCAGAAUGCUGCUGUGCCAGUGUUGAGUACGCCUUUGGAGAGUCCUGCCAACCAUGCCCACCCCAAAACUCAGCUGAGUUCCUGGCCCUGUGUAGUAACGGCCCCGGAACCACCAGCGAUGGCAGAGAUAUCAAUGAGUGUGCUCUGGACCCAGACAUCUGUCAGAACGGUGUGUGUGAGAACAUGCUGAGGACCUAUAAGUGUAACUGUAACAUGGGCUUUGAGGUGGACACCACUGGAAAACACUGUGUUGACAUAGAUGAGUGUGCAGUGAACAGGUUACUGUGUGACAACGGCCUGUGCAGGAACACUCCAGGUAGUUUCACCUGCAACUGUCCCACCGGCUUCCUGUUCCACGCUGAGACGGAUGUCUGUGAAGACAUUGAUGAGUGUGAGUCGAAGCCGUGUGUGAACGGGGACUGUAAGAACAGCCCGGGGUCCUACGUGUGUCUCUGCUCAGCAGGCAGCACGCUGGACGCCUCUGGAACACAGUGUAUAGAGACCAGUAAAGGCACAUGUUGGCUGAAGGUGAUUAACGGACGCUGUGAGAUCAACAUCAACGGAGCCACUCUGAAAUCACACUGCUGCUCCACACUGGGAGAGGCCUGGGGAAGUCCCUGUGCCAAGUGUGAACCAGAUCAUUUCUGCACUAAGGGUUAUGCUAGAGGCAGAGGGACCAUCUGUGAAGAUGUUAAUGAGUGUGAGGUGUUUCCGGGGGUGUGUAUCAAUGGGAAGUGUGUGAACACCGUGGGUUCCUUCAUCUGCCAGUGUCCCUCUGGGAUGACCGUCGACGCCACCGGACGAACAUGUAUAGACCUGCGUACAGAGCAGUGUUAUCUGAGCCACGAGGAUGAGCGUUGUGGAGCCCCUAUCCCGGGUCGUCACCGUGUGGACGCGUGCUGCUGCUCGGUGGGUGUGGCCUGGGGCCCGGAAUGUGACGAGUGUCCGGAGAAAGGCUCUCAGGAGUACAGCCAGCUCUGUCCCAGAGGACCCGGCUUCGCAAACAGAGGAGACUUCAUGAAUGGACGGCCCUUCCUCAAAGAUAUAAACGAGUGUAAGAUGAUCCACAGCUUGUGCUCCAAUGGGAAGUGUAGGAACACCAUCGGUAGUUUCCGUUGUCGCUGUGACAACGGCUUCGCUCUGGACUCUGAUGAGAGGAACUGUACAGACAUCGAUGAAUGCCGUAUCUCUCCAGACCUGUGUGGUCAGGGCACGUGUGUGAACACAGGUGGGGACUUCGAGUGCGAAUGUUUUGAAGGUUACGAAAGCGGCUUCAUGAUGAUGAAAAACUGCAUGGACAUUGAUGAGUGUGAGCGGAACCCUCUGCUGUGUCGCGGUGGUGAGUGUGUGAACAACGAGGGCAGCUUCCAGUGUUUGUGUCCCGACGGACACGAGAUUGCCCCCGACGGAUCCGCCUGUCUCGAUAUUAAUGAGUGUGAACUGAGUGAGAAGCUGUGUCGGAACGGUCAGUGUGUGAAUAUGAUUGGACGUUACCAGUGUUCCUGUGAUACUGGAUAUAAAUCCACGGAGGACAGACUGGCCUGUGUCGACAUUGAUGAGUGUACGAUCCAGAAUGGAGGUUGUGAGACAUUCUGUACCAACUCAGAGGGGAGCUAUGAGUGCAGCUGUCGCUCUGGAUACGCCCUGAUGCCAGACCUCAGGACCUGCACUGACAUUGAUGAGUGUGAGGACAGUCCAGACAUCUGUGAUGGAGGCCAGUGUACCAACAUCCCAGGAGAGUACCAGUGUCUCUGCUUCGAUGGAUUCAUGUCUUCUGAAGAUAUGAAGACCUGUCUGGAUGUGGAUGAGUGUGAGCUGAACCCUAACAUCUGUCUGAGUGGGAAUUGUGAGAACAGCAAGGGAUCCUUCAUCUGCCAUUGUGACAAGGGCUACUCCGUACGCAAGGGAACCACCGGCUGCACAGAUAUUAAUGAGUGUGAGAUUGGGGCCCAUAAUUGUGACAGACAUGCCUCAUGUACCAACACGGCUGGCAGCUUCAAGUGUAGCUGUGCUCCGGGAUGGAUUGGAGACGGGAUCAAAUGCACAGACCUGGAUGAGUGUUCCAACGGGACCCACAUGUGCAGCAACAACGCAGACUGUCUGAACACCAUGGGAUCAUACCGCUGCCACUGCAAGGACGGAUUCUCUGGGGACGGAUUCUACUGCUCAGACAGCGAUGAGUGUGCAGAUAACGUGAACCUGUGUGAGAGCGGUAACUGCCUGAAUGUUCCUGGAGGCUACCGUUGUGAAUGUGACAUGGGUUUCAUCCCAACCCCGGACGGAAAGGCCUGCGAGGACAUAGACGAGUGUACCUUUGCUGAUAUCUGUGUGAAUGGGAGGUGUCAGAACAUUCCGGGGCUGUUCAGGUGUCAGUGCAGCAUCGGCUAUGAGCUGGACAGGAGCGGAGGCAACUGCACUGACAUUAAUGAGUGUGCUGACCCGACCACCUGUAUCAGUGGACUGUGUGUCAACACCCCAGGUAGCUACAUCUGUAACUGUCCUCAAGACUUCGAACUCAACCCCACCCGCGUGGGAUGUGUAGACACUCGUUCUGGUGACUGCUAUCUGGACGUGCGGAUGCGGGGGGAUGCGUCUGAGAGUUUGGUCUGUUCCAAUGAGAUAGGUGUGGCGGUGUCCAAAGCCUCCUGCUGCUGUUCUCUAGGGCAGGCCUGGGCACCCUGCGAAUCCUGCCCCCCUCUCAACUCCUCGGAGUACAAGACGUUGUGUCCAGGAGGAGAGGGAUUCAGACCUAACCCCAUCACUGUUAUACUGGAAGACAUCAAUGAGUGCCAGGAGCUGCCAGGCCUGUGUCAAGGAGGAAACUGCAUCAACACCUUUGGUAGCUUCCAGUGUGAAUGUCCCAAAGGCUUCCAACUCAACGAGGAGAACAGAGUCUGUGAAGAUAUUAAUGAGUGUGAGCGUCCAGGUAUCUGUGGACCAGGCCAGUGUUACAACACCAUAGGAAACUACACCUGUAUCUGCCCUGUGGACUACAUGCAGGUCAAUGGUGGAAACAACUGUAUGGACAUGAGGAAGAGUUUCUGCUACAGGAACUUCUACUCUGACAACGGGACGUGUGACGGAGAGUUGACCUUCAACAUGACCAAGAAGAUGUGCUGCUGCUCCUACAACAUUGGACGGGCCUGGAACAGACCCUGUGAGCAGUGUCCUGUACCCAGCACCAAUGAGUUUGCCACUCUGUGUGGAAGUGAGAGACCAGGAUACUACAUUGAUAUCUACACGGGACAGGUCAUCGACAUUGAUGAGUGCAGGGAAAUCCCAGGUGUGUGUGAGAACGGCGUGUGUAUCAACAUGAUUGGCAGCUUCAGGUGUGAGUGUCCAAUGGGCUUCCUCUACAAUGACAAGCUGCUCAUCUGUGAAGACAUUGAUGAGUGUCAGAAUGGGCCAGUGUGCCAGCAGAAUGCAGGCUGUCUCAACAUGCCUGGUAGCUACCGCUGUGAAUGUAAACCUGGAUACCGCUUCACCCCCACUGGACAGUGUCUGGAUCGCAAUGAGUGUGUGGAGAAUCCAGGAGUGUGUAGCCCAGGCCAGUGUAUUGAUACGUUGGGAAGCUAUCGCUGUAUCUGCCCCAAUGGUUUCAAGGCUACAUCAGACCUGGCUAUGUGUAUAGAUGUGGAUGAGUGUGAGAGACAGCCGUGUGGAAACGGGACCUGUAAGAACACAGUGGGAUCCUAUAACUGCCUGUGUUAUCCAGGCUUUCAGCUCUCACACAACAACGACUGCAUAGAUACGGAUGAGUGUUCGAGCCAGAGAGGGCUGUGUAGGAACGGGAACUGUAUUAACACCCUGGGCUCCUUCGUGUGUGUGUGUCGCGAUGGCUACGAACUCAGCGCCGACGGAAGAAUUUGUGUUGACAUCAAUGAGUGUGCAGUGAACCCUGGGACUUGUGGUCCAGGCACCUGUCAGAAUCUGGACGGUUCCUACAGGUGUAUCUGCCCACUUGGCUACUAUAUACAGGACGAGACCUGUGAAGAUAUUGAUGAGUGUUCUCAGACCCCAGACAUCUGUCUGUUUGGGACCUGCUCCAACACUGAGGGCAGCUUCACCUGUGUGUGUCCUGCCGGCUUUCAGCUGUCCUCCUCAGGACGCAGAUGCGUGGAUGUCCGUGUGAACUACUGUUAUACUAAGUUUGAGAGUGGUCGCUGCCUGGCCCCUAAGCCUCUGAACACCACUAAAGGGGACUGCUGCUGUAGUGCCAUGCCUGGCCAGGGCUGGGGAGACCCCUGUGAGAUCUGCCCAGGCAAGAAUGAGGAGGCGUUUACAUCUCUCUGCCAUGCGGUUGGACAGGUGUUUGGCCCUGAUGACCAGCCCAUAGACAUUGAUGAGUGCACCGCCAACCCCAACAUCUGCAACAACGGUCAGUGUAUCAACACGGACGGGUCGUUCCGAUGUGAGUGUCCCUUUGGCUUCCGACUCGACACCUCAGGGAUCAACUGUGAAGAUACUAAUGAGUGUGAUCUGGGGAACCCGUGUGGAAAUGGAACGUGCACUAACGUGAUUGGAGCGUUUGAGUGUGCAUGUGACGAAGGCUUCGAACCCGGACCCAUGAUGUCUUGUGAAGAUGUGAAUGAGUGUUCCCAGAAUCUUUUGCUGUGUGCGUUCCGCUGCGUGAACGUGAUUGGUUCCUACGAGUGUAAAUGUCCAACAGGCUACGUGCUGCGAGAGGACAAGAGGAUGUGCAGAGACCAGAAUGAGUGUGAGGAUGGGCUGGAUGACUGUGAGAGCAGAGGGAUGCGCUGUAAGAACCUCAUCGGGACCUACAUGUGUAUCUGUAACCCUGGUUACACACGGGCCCCUAACGGAGAGGGCUGCAUAGAUCUGAACGAAUGCUCUGCUAAGCCAGGUAUCUGCGAGAACGGUCGUUGUGAGAACACGGUUGGAAGCUAUCGCUGCAGGUGUGACCAAGGCUUCAGCGCCAACCCUACACAGACUGAAUGUAUAGAUAACCGCCAGGGACUGUGUUUCACGGAGGUGUUGACUACACUGUGCCAGAUGCAGUCCAGUAGCAGGAACAGUGUGACUAAGUCUGAGUGUUGCUGUGACGGAGGACGAGGCUGGGGCUCUAACUGUGAGCUGUGUCCUCUACCUGGGACCACACACUACAAGAAGAUGUGUCCACUGGGGCCCGGAUACACCACAGACGGCAAAGACAUAGAUGAGUGUCGUGUGAUGGGGAACCUGUGUGUGAACGGACAGUGUGUCAACAGCCUGGGCUCCUACAGUUGUGUGUGUAAAACUGGGUACACCACAGAUAUCACUGGCACCCUGUGUGUGGAUAUGGAUGAGUGUGUGCAGGCUCCUAAGCCGUGUAACUUCCUCUGUAAGAACACAGAGGGAAGCUACCUCUGUUCCUGUCCCAGAGGAUACAUCCUGCAGGAGGACGGCAAGAGCUGCCGAGAUCUGGAUGAGUGUCAGAGCAAACAGCACCCCUGUCUGUCAGUUCCUGUGUGCUUCCUGUGGUCAGAUGAGAACGAGUGCCAGAACACUCAGAUCUGUGGGGGAGCGUCGUGCCAUAACACCCUGGGGAGCUUCCGUUGCCUCUGUCCCACUGGGUUCAACUACGGAGACCAGGGGGGGUGCAGUGACAUCAACGAGUGCUCCUCCUCCUCUAAUCCAUGUAACUACGGCUGCUCCAACACAGACGGAGGGUAUCUCUGUGGCUGUCCACCUGGAUACUACCGCGCUGGACAGGGGCACUGUGUGUCAGGCGUGGGCUUUGGUAGUGGUGUGAGUCUGGGCCAGGGGGGAGGAGGAGGAGGAGGAGGAGGAGGAGGAGGAGCAGCAGAGGUGGGUGACAACGAUCUGUCUCCUGAGGCCUGCUACGAGUGUAAGAUCAACGGUUACCCCAAGAAGGGGCGCAAACGCCGCGACACCAACUCAACGCUGGAGCAACCUCUGGACAACGCACAGCAUCAGGAGACAGUGAGUCUGGAGAGUGUGGACAUUGAGGACACCCUGCUGUUCAACCUAAACAUGUCCGGCCUGUCCAGCCGAGACCACAUCCUGGAGUUCACCCCGGCCCUGUCCACACUCAACAACCACGUGCGCUACUCCAUCGACUACGGCAACGAACUGGGCUACUUCAAGAUCAGCCAGAGGGAGGGGCUUAGCUACCUGCACCUGUCCAAGAGGAAGUCCCUCCCCCCUGGAGCCUACUUCCUGCAGAUCAGUAGCGUGGCCGUGUACAGGAAGAAGGAGCUGGCAGCGCUGGAGGACAGCAACGAUAAAGACUACCUCACAGGCCAGCUGGGAGACACACUCACCAUGAGGGUGCAGAUAGUCCUGCAUUAACCUACACUACAGGACUGACUGGGGUGGCUGGUCUGGGCUGGGUGGGGAGUGUCUGCCUGUAAACACUGGUCUAGGAACAGAUUCAUUUACCCUUGAUCCAUAUCUCAACCAUUAGGAUGGGGAGAGAAGAUCUGACACUGGGUCAGUGGUUAUGGGCAACUUCUACCUACUCUGAGAGAGAGCUUGGGACAAUCUCAACGCCAAAGAGACUAAUGGGUGGG